AUGGAUCGCAAUGUCAACUCGCCACGUGUACUGGCCGACCAACUAAGGAGGUUUAUUCAGAAUCCUGAUUCGACUCCCUCAGGUAAAUACACACUGUAUAUAGCGGAAAUUGUAAAGGAAAUUAAGGCGAUCGCGUUUCAGGGAGCGGAAUCUCAUUAUCCGAUGCUGGAUUUGUACUACUCUCUCUGAAGGACCAAAUCUUAGCCGAUUCUAUAAAGUUAGUUUAUCUGAAUUUAUCAAAGAAUAAGUUUUAUAUCAAUCUCUCUCCCCAUAUUUUAUAAGUCUCUCCCUGAGAUUCUCAAUUUCAACAUCUGUUAGUUUUGUGAAGACCUCGGUCCAUUAUGUGUUUAACUUUGCAAAAGUCGUAAACAUAACACUGUGACCGGUUCUAGAGACAGUGCACCACGCAGUGAUAGCUAACUAAGCCACAAUAUUUGCUCCUGUCUGACGUUGCGACAUGCCAAUGGAAUCUUUUUGUUUCCAGGGCGCAACAUUUCUCGCAUGAAUUUGUGUCGAAGCCGAUCAACGGAAUCGAACUUUUGAGCAAAGUUGUGAUUGUGCUGCAGGGAAUUGUGAACAGUGUCGAAGGAUCGGGCUCCAAAAUAUCCUAUCUGCUCAACAGAAACUCCACAAAUGCGAAUCGGAAGAGGAAAGCUGCAGUUGCAGAAGCAGAUUGUAUUGAAAGCAUUAAACUUUUGCUCGAGAAAUCUGUAAGUAAUCAGUAAUCUGUAAUUGAUAUUGCCAUUUGUGUAACAAUUGAACGUACAGGAAUCGUCAUGGAAGUCAUUUCUCGAGACGUCAACCGGAUUGGAUGCCAUUAUGUAUUCUAUUCAUUCGCCACAGCUGGACUCCAAAUGCUACUCGUUGGAGGUUUUUAUUGUUAUUCUUGUCAAAUUAGCAUAUUAUUUCACUUUACAGAUCCUUCUGCUUCUUCUCGAUCAACCCCAGGGAUUUGUGAUUCUGCUGAGAGCACUGACAGUUCUGGCGGCUAGAAACAGAGAUUACUUGAGGUUCUCUAUAUUUGUGGCUCAAUUGAAACAUGGACUACAUACUAAAAAGUUGCACAUACAGGUAGAGCGAAAUGAUUGAAUAGAAGAAGGAGAGGAAGAGAAACACGUUUUGGUUCAGAUACUUGUUGCUCGUUUGUUCAACAAGUUGAUUGCAAGUGCACCCACUCCUGUACAUAGAGCUCUUGUCAAAUCGGAAGUCUCUCUGGCUCAAUAUACUCCGGACUAUGUCGAAAAAGUAAUUGAGAUUACUAGGAAUCCAUGUUAACUCAUAAUUUGGUCGUUUUUUUCAGUUAAUUGGAUAUCCGAAUUCAUCUUACGGUGGAAUCGACACACUUAUGGAUGAACUAACAGCCUGGAAAGCUCUAAAUCAGUACGUCGGCGGAUCAUCUGCAAGCGUUGAGCACAACCACAUAUACGGUACUUCCGAGGUUGAUGGCAGCAGUAUUUCGGAGAGAAGUCGUCGAAUUACCCCUACUACAAAAAUGAUGGUGAGUGAACAAAGAGAUCCAGCUGUGAAAACGAUUCAUUGUAGCCCAUAACUUCCGUGGCAAAGAACGUCGAAAGACAACGAUUCCGUAAGCAAGGUGCCGGUUCGGGUGGCCGAGCGGCAGGCAGCAACUACUACUUUGAGGGAGGUGGCGGUCCCCGUCUGACCUACGAUAGGAGAUCACAAACGCUAUCGCAUGGCUCUUAUGCCGGUGAGAACAUGAACAACCGUGUAGCUUCAAACAGCGUUGGCUUUCAGAACCUUCUUCCCCUAUCCCACCGACCCGAAUGGGCUAUGCAACUGAAAGACGUGAGCCUUUUGGAGCUAUGAGACGAGCUAAGAGUGAAAGUGCAAUGGUGUUCAGAGAGAAGUUGGUUUCUACUUAGACCACUUUUUAAAAAAUUCAUUUUCAGUAGAGAAGAGUUUGAAAACGAUUCCCCUGAAAUGGUUCCACGUGGGUUGAAGAGGUUUGCAAACGCAAGCCAAAAGGAACAAGUCCAUUAUCAUCCAAUUCAACAAGUAAAAACACUAUCUAGAAGGUUUGUGUUUCAAAAUUUUGACAAUAACGUCUGUUCGAUUCAGUGUUCAUGACUUGGCUAUCCGCGACGACGAUGCAGGAAGUCUCCUCCGUCCAGUGUCCGCCCGUCCUCCCUCUUCCGCGUCAAGAACUCCAUUCAGAACAGUCUCCCCGACUCCAGUGUCCCCCAUCAUCAAACAAGACACAGAGGACAGACCAUCCAGAAGGUUAUCCAGUGCCUUAUCUCCUCGUGCUCGUUUUGCUGAUCCUCCAAUCGUGGAAGCCCAACACCCUCACGCUGGUUUCUCCUAUUUGUUUCCACAACAACCAGUUGUCAGUUCGGUAUACUCAAAGAAAAUAACAUCUCCAGAACCGAGAGAAGUGGCGGUCAGUGUUUUUCUCAAUUAUCUCGAUAACAACUAUAAUCAAAUUUCAGUCUUCAACUCUAAACCGUCCAGUUUCGGCUCCACUUUAUGCUACGGCUGGAAAUCACGAAGGUGCAAGUCGGCCAUUGUCUCCGCUUGAAAUCCAAAAUUCAAUGUCUGGUAACCAACAAGAUUUCGAUAUGCCUGUCGCGUACAGUAAUGAGAAUGGACAAGUUGUGUACGUGCCUAUAAACAUUGAAAGUGGCGGCGUUGGCGCGGGACCAAGACGACUUAGCAAGACUUCCAAGUGAGAACUAAUUCCGUGGUCUGUAGAAAAUUCGGUUUAUUUCAGAUAUGAGUACACUCCGAAUGAAUCGAGAAGCAACAGUCGAGCAAAACUGAGGAGUCCUAGCAUUAACGGUACAAUUGAUACGAAUGUAAUUUGAUUGUGAUGGUUUUUUCAGGAGAAGACGUCCGUAAUGCACUGAGCCAGUUCGAUUACCUGUAUGAUUACGAAGCCGACGCAAGUCCCCAGCACAAAACACGCGAAGCUACUUAUCACUUGUAG